AUGGUCAUCAAGACAGACCUGUGCGCAUACACCGAGUACCGCAUUUACCCAGGAUGCGGCAAGCGGUUUGUGGCGAGAGACGGCAAGGUGCACUUCUUCAUCAGCUCCAAGGUCGCCUCCCUGCACCACCAGAGGAUCAAGCCGGUGAGGCUGCGCUGGACCCAGGCGUGGCGGCGCAUGAACAAGAAGGGCAAGGUCGACGAGAACCAGAAGAAGCGCACCCGAAAGGCGCAAAAGUUUCAGAAAGCCAUCGUCGGCAUGUCCCUCGACGACAUCAAGAAGAAGAAGGCUCAGAAGCCCGAGCUGCGGCAGCAGGCGAAGGAGCAGGCGGCGAAGGAGGCCAAGGCGCGUCAGGCCACGAAGGCGACCAAGCCGAAGGCUGCCGCGCCCAAGGGCAAGGCCGACAGCAAGGCGCCGAAGGCCAAGGACAUGAAGGGCGGCGCGCAGAACAAGAGCAAGGCGCCCAAGAUGCCCGGGAAGAUGUGA